CAUCAGCGUGGAGGACUUAACUUCCAGAAGUACAAUAUGAGAUCCCUGCAUCUGGUGCCGUCCGGUGUGUUCCUGACCCUGCUCUGUCUCCUGAGCCUCAGCCACGGGGCAUCUUACUUUGGGGACAGCUUCUGCAAAAUACAAGCUAUCCAAGAUGUCUCCACCUUUCACCUGUCGCUACAAUUCAAGACAAGCCGGCGUAGCGGGCUGCUUCUCUUGGCUGCAGGAAUGGAAGAUUACCUCUUCCUUGAGCUCCAAAAUGGGAAACUACAAGCACGGAUGAACAUGGGUGCAGGAGAAAUUACACUCACCUCAUCUUUCGGAGUCCAACUAAACAACCUUCUGGAACACAAAAUGUCACUCACACUGCAAGAUGCUAAACUCACCAUGACAAUUGAUGAGCUUUUCUCAACCUACAUCCCUGUGGUCAACGUUGAUGAAGACCUAAACAUUGACCUAGGCAUUUGGCUCGGAGGAACAGGGGACCUAGAGGUCUCCUACCUCAACACAGCCAUUCCCCCAUUUCGUGGCUGCAUAUCUGAGGUCAAAUUUGAGUCCCAUCAAUUUGACAUUCUCAAAUCUGCAUUUAAAGACUGCCAUGACACGAAGGAGUCCUGCAGCAGUGAGUUUGAAGCAGGAGAUGGGGAGGCAACUAGCUUCAGCACUCCUGAUUCUUUUGUGUCUUUUCCCACCUGGAGUGGGGCCAGUGGUGCCCCAAGAACCCUGGAAUUUCUAAUGAAAACCACCAUAGAGGAUGCAUUACUUGUUUUCCAUCCUGGCCGGGACUCACACUUUGUUGCUAUCGGUGUUGUAAAAGGCCAUAUCAAAGGAGUGCUGGACCUUGGUGCUGGUAUGGAAGUAAUGGAGAAUACACAGGUGCAGCUGGAUGAUGAUCAGUGGCACAGAGUUAAGGUGGCAGUCAAUCAGAAUUCUUUCAAUAUUAAUGUUGAUAGUCAGUCUGCCUCACUUUCUCUUGACACAUCACAGAAAUUAGACUUGGUGGGAAACCUUUAUUUAGGAGGCAUCCAAGGGAAAAUGAAGGAUGUGUUUCGUGACAGUGGGUUCUUAGAUCGCAUGGAGGAGGAAAUGACAGCUGAAUCCUUCAUUGGAUGCUUAGGGGAAAUCAAAGUAAACCAGAAGGAUCGAAGCCUCCAGGAUGCAUUGGUGACAAAAGAUGUCCAUGUUAAAUGUGAAGGGGAGGACUACGACUACUCAACUUACUAUGACGUGGAGGCAACUACAACUAGUGCACCUGUUCGCAUUCGAUAUGGUGAUGUGGACUUCAGUAAGCAGCAUUGCUACCCAUCAGAAGACACUCCUGAUAUGUUCAAAAAUGUAACAAAACUUCUUAAUGUUACCCCGUUGCUUGUUCCUGAAGGUGGGGAAAGCAUAAUUGACAUAAGUAAUCUCAGCCCUACCUUUGAUCUCAGAGCAGCAGGAAUCCAUCAAUCUCAGAUUGUUUUUAGUCUUGAGAAUGAGCCCUGGUAUGGCACGAUCGAUGUGGACACUAACACAAGACACACACAGAAGUUCACCCUCCUUGAUGUUGUCAAUAAGAAAAUUAAGUAUUUGCACGAUGGAAAUGAGAGGUAUGCAGACCAAACCCAGUUAGAGGUAGCUGUUCACAGCAAUGUCUACCUCCCAGAAUGCCUAAAAACAUCACAAGAGUACAUCCUCCCAGUUGAAAUCAUUCCUGUCAAUAACAUACCAGAACUAGGUGGAGGAGAAAUUCCCAUAACACAGAAUGGUAGAUCUCGAUUAAGUCCCGGUCUUGUCAAAAUUGUGGAUUCUGAUCCAGGAUGUGAUGAAUUAGUCGUAACGCUAGUGUCAGAAUUUCCUGAGGAAGUCGGUUACUUUGAAACGGCUGAGCAACCAGGAAGGAGCAUCACUGAGUUCACUUGCAGGCAGCUGAAAGAAGGAACCAUCUAUUUUGUACACAGAGGGAGUAUCGCCGAUGAGAUUACCUUGAAAGUAUCAGACAGACACUCGGUGACUCAGUUGAAAACUUUUAAAUUGUCUAUGACACAGCCUCACAUGACUAUCAUGACUAACACAGGCCUUGUCCUAGCUCAGGGAAGUAAUGCUUCCAUUAACAUCCAUAAUCUGGCUGUCGUUGCUCAACCUCCUAAUGGAGAUAUUGUAUAUAAUGUCACACAACCACUGAUAUUUGGAGAGCUACAUAUUGUGACCAGUGAUGGUAUGUCUAAGCAAGUUACUAGUUUUCACCAAUCUCAUCUGGAACAAGACCAUCUUAAAUACUUCAGCACAGACUCGAGUGAAAUGGAAGAUAUUGCUGUUGAGCAGGUCCAGUUUGACGCCCACUUGGGACAGUUCUCCCUUUGGAAUAACACCUUUGUCGUGAAGAUCAUCCCUGCACAAGUGAAAAUGGCUACACUGUUCCCACUGGAGAUGCAAGGGGAUGAAGAGAAAACAAUCGGACGUACAGAGCUGCAGGCUGAAGUUCAAGGGAGAAACCCAGACCCACAAAGUAUAAAAUACAUCAUCAUUAAGCCUCCAUCACUGGGCACUCUCCAGUUGGUAGACAGAGAGUUAACUGAGGGUGAUGCUUUCACAGAGAAGGACAUUUUGGACAGUCGUCUUAGCUACAGGCUUCGGAUACAAAAAGCUGUAGAUAGUCUCGACCACUUCCAGUUCAGAGUCUAUGCUGAAGAUGAGUACUCUCCUCUGUACACCUUCCCAAUUAACAUCCUGGCUACUGUCCAUGCUGACCCUGUUUUGACCAAUGAGAUGUUAAUUGUCUUGCAAGGCAGUGAGCACACCCUCAACAAAAACUAUCUUUGGAUAGAGUCACCAAGUUCUACAGAUUUUGUAUACCGCGUCACACAAGAGCCAAAGUAUGGACGCCUAAUAAGGGACUCCCCACCCGGACAGCUGAGAUUUGAGGGGGCAAUCAGAGUAUUCAGCAAUGAAGACCUUCAACUCGACAGGCUUAUAUACAAGCAUGAUGGAUCCAAGACAAGCAGCGAUGAGUUCCAUUUCUCAGCAUAUGAUCAAGGAGCAAGUUCACAUGCACCAGAUAACAAUCAAGAAUCAGUGAGUGGAGUUUUCAGAAUAUCUAUAGAAACCAAGAAUGAACAUCCUCCUGUGCGAGUUACGGAUAAAAUCUUCAAUGUGGUCCGCCAUGGUCAGCGUUUGCUGACAACUGAUGUCGUUCAAUAUAAGGAUGAUGACUCAGGUUUCAACGACACCCAAAUUGUUUUUUCUCGUGAAGGAAUCCUCUCAGGCAACAUUGUCUCAACAUCAAACCCAUCUCAGCCCCUUUUCCGUUUCACCCAAGCAGACUUGCGAGAUAAAAAAAUUCUCUUCGUUCACCAUGGAGCAGAUCGGGAACAAUUCUCACUCCAGGUGUCUGAUGGCUUCCAUAAAACCACCACACUGCUUCAGAUCCAGGCAGGUGACCCAUUCUUGCGAGUGGUGAACAACACCAUUGUCGUCAUGGACCAUGGAAGCACAAAGACCAUUGACACAACGCUACUGAGCACUGACUCCAACUUGGAUAUCAGAGAUGACGGUGAAAUCAAGUUCCAUGUGACUUCUCCACCAACUGAAGGCAGGAUUAUUGUAAGUGGGAUUGAGGCCACAGCGUUCACGGAGGAAGACCUUAAAAAAGGUGUUGUGUCAUAUGAGCACAAUGUUAAGAGUCUGAAGCCCAAGGACUCCUUCAACUUCAUCGUCCAAGCAAAAGAAUAUUCUGAAGAGGGCACAUUCAAGAUUAAAUUAUUCAAGCAAGGUUACCUCUCUAAGCCUGAAGUGUUAACCAACAGGGUCACCAUUGCCUAUGAAGGAGAGCAUACCAUCAUCAACCACUAUUAUUUGAAGGUGGACCAAGCUGAUAUUCUGCCUUCAGAAAUGGUGUUCACCAUUAAAGAGCCUCCUCGUCUCGGGCAUGUGGUGAAACUGACCAACAUUUCAGACAGUACAGCCACGCCUAUCCUUGACUACAUCCACUCUUUCACUCAGGAUGAUGUUAAUGAGAAUCGGAUUCUCUAUGUGUCCACAUCCACCCAGGGCAGUGAUGCCUUCACAGUGGAUGUCACCAAUGGUUUUUAUACAGUGGAGGACCUCCACAUCUCUGUCAACAUUGUGCCUCGGCUCAUUCCCAUCCAGACCCUUAACUUUACUGUGAAGGAAGGCUUCAACAGGGCGAUUACGUCAGACAUUGUCAACAUCUCGCAUCCCUUUUACAGUUCAGCAAACAUCGACUUUGUUGUGGAAAAUCCACCACAGCAUGGAGACCUCCGCCACUUUGCUGGAGAAGAGGACCUUGGCUACUUUACAUGGGAAGAGGUGAAACUUGGACACAUCUACUACAUGCAUGACAACACUGAAAGCACAGAGGACAAUUUCACACUCACUGCGUCGGCUUAUGAAAUCGAGCGCCACAGCCUCCCUGUCACCAUAUCAGUGACUGUCAUACCUGUCAACGACGAACCACCAACCCUGACACAGAACACCGGAGUGGAGGUUCUCGCUGGUGAGAAAGUCGACAUCACGUCCAGCAUGCUGAGCACAGAGGACGCGGACACUCCUCCAGAGGAACUGGUUUACCAUGUUGAAGAGCCAACCAACGGGAUGGUGGGAUUCAAAGAUUCGCCCAAAGAAAGCAUUUUAAAUUUCACGCAAGCUCAAAUAAACAACGGCGAGGUCAUCUUCAUCCACCAAGGUGAGGAGUCUGGUGGUUUCAGUUUCACUGUGACAGAUGGUGAGCACACGACUCCUCUCUACCAGUUUGUCGUCACAGCCAGGCCUCUCACUAUCACCAUGGAAACACAGGAUGAGCUUGUGGUUUUUCCAGGAACAAGAAAACUCAUCACCAAAGCCAAUCUGGGAGCCGUAACGAGCGAUGAUGGAAAUGAGAUUAGCUACUCACUUGUCCGCCCACCUCGUCUAGGAAGACUCAUCCGGGCCAAAGACAGGAACCAGUAUGAAGAAAUUACUCGCUUCUCUCAGACGCAGCUGGAGUCAGGAGUGAUCUUCUAUGAGCACCAAAUACCUGAGGAGCCUUUCUGGGUGGUGAGAGACUCCACAGAGCUCAUUGUGUCAUCACAGCCAGCAGCAGACAUCCGUCACAUCCUCCCCAUCACCAUCUCAUACUACGCCGCUCACAGCAACAUCUCUCAGCUUUGGAAGAACAAAGGUUUGGAAAUUGUGCAAGGUCAAAGCAAGCCCAUUGACAGUUCCAUUCUUGAUGCCUCCAAUCUGUUGGCUAGUCUUCCAGAAUCUGAGCAAGGUGGCGUCGAUGUGAUGUACGAGAUAAAGCGUUUUCCUGACCAUGGGCGAAUCACCCUGGGAGGUCACAACCUGCCCCGUGAUGCACCACAUUUCAUGCAGGAAGACGUGUCUCAGGGAAAAGUCGAAUAUCUCCAUGAUGACUCUUGGGCUUCCUUUGACAGUUUUGCUUUUCAGGCCCGACUAAAGGCUAAGGAUCAUGAUUUGGCUUCACAUGCCCAGUCUGUGGUCUUGGAGGAGAGCUUUAAUAUUUCCAUCAAGAGGCGGGGCGCUAAUCCACCUGAGGUAGUCAAUAUAGACAUGCUAUUGGAGGUUCUCCAAGGUUCUAUGACCGUCUUGACCCAGAAGCAUCUUAACACACAUGACGAGGACAGUCCACCUGAUGAGGUGCGCUUCAAAGUAAUCAAAGCCCCUGAGAAUGGACGACUUGUUGACGUCAUCACAAUGGAGCCCAUCACAGAAUUCACACAAGAAAUGGUUAAUGUUGGGCGGGUGGGCUUUUCCAGUGAUGGCACUUUAGCUGAUGGCUUUGUGGAAUUCAUUGUGUCUGAUGGGUCACACCAAACGGAGCCACACACACUCCACAUAGGCAUUCUUGCGCGAACCCUCUUUCUUGAAAAAGCCCUUGAGAUUAAGGUCAAACAAGGGGAUGAUGAGAGCCUGGUGACAGAAGAUAUGUUGAAGGCCACAACAGGUGGGCCUGUUGAGGAAGAUGUCCUUUACAAGAUAACAAAUGUUCCUAAGUAUGCAGCUGUCAUGGUAGACAGACAGCCCACGUCCGCAUUCACCCAGAAACAGAUCAAAGAAGGCCGAGUCAGUGUCCGCUUUCUUAAAUCCACUUCACCACGAGACAGUGUUGAGUUUACAGCCCGUAGUCGUGCUGCUAAUGUCUCCUCUGUCCUCAACAUCACAGUUCAGCCUCUGGCUAACAUCGCGGAGGAUCCUCUCUUACCACGAGGUGCUCUUGUCAAAUUGGACAGGAAACUUCUUGACGCAACUCCCUUGGCAAACAAGACCAGGACAUCCCCCACUUUCACGGUAAUCCAGCAGCCACGAGGGGCUCGUUUUGUGAGAGCUGGCGGUGUGGGUGCGGGUCAGUUGGUGGACACAUUCAGCCAGAGGGACUUAGAUGAAGGUCAUGUAGCACUAGAAAUCCUGAAUGACUCUUCCACGUCACAAGUUGGUGUCACUCCUGAUGAGGCCCACUUCCUGCUGAAAGCCCAUGGGGUUCCUCCUGCUGAAUGUGUAUUUUCCUUCCAGACCGGCCUUUAUAAUGCCUCUGGGGUCUACCCUGCCACACUGCUCAGAGUUCCCUCAGACUCCCCUCCCAUACCUUCAGUUAGCCCCCACUGGAGAAGCAAUAUGGACUGGCCCCAUGGAGACGCUGCCACGACUGCCUCCUCCGGUACUGACUCUCACAGAAAACCUGUGGCUUCCAAGCGUAGCAACUUCUGGUCUAUUCUCAUCCCCAUCCUGGUGAUCCUCUUAGUCUUAAUCUUAGCAGCCAUCAUGGCUUACUACUGGAUCCGUAAAAACAAGACAGGCAAGCAUGAUGUCCAGACAGCAGCAUCCAAGCCCAAAAACGGAGAAGUGGCCAGCACAGAAACCUUUCGGAAAACCGAUCCAAGUAAUAACAUCCCCAUGUCCACCAUGGAUAACAAAGACACAGACCCAGAGUUGUUGCAGCACUGUCGGACAACAAAUCCGGCUGUGAAAAAGAACCAGUACUGGGUCUGAGACACUUUGAGAAAGGACGCAGAGAGAGGUGGAUCCCUUCCUGUUUUUUUGGAGCUCAGCCUCCUCAAUUCAUUCCUUUUGCUGAAGACUUCCUGCCACAGCAGGUUAAGUAAAAACUCAGUUUUGAUGUCUUUGGCAAUUUACUUUUGUCAACACAACUGUGGACAAAUUCUCAGGCAAUGAAACACUGAAUACCCAUUGGCAAAGAAAGAGGUGGUUUCUUACCUUAGGAGGCUCCAGCCAUGUUUAUUUAUUUUAGUUUUAUCAUUUCUCUUUGUCAAAGGGCACAAACGAAGACAUAAACAUGCUUUAUGUUUGCAAAUUAUUAUUCCAGCUGUGCUCUGUCAUUCUAUUCUCUAUGAUAUCAUAUACCAGUAUUACUCACAUGGAUAGGUUUCUCAUAGAUUGUACAUGCAGUGGAUAUGGAAAGUCUGCACACCUGUGGCCUUUUACACAUAUCCAUUUCUUUGUGCAAUUUACCAAAGAAAUUUAAAAAACAUAAAAUUCAGGCUUCUCUGUAUUCAUUUUUUUCAUUGUCUCCUUUUAAACCCAAAACCGAAAACAAAACUCUAUCCUAUGAUAUAAAUUUAAAGAAAUAUCAAAACCAAAAUGGGGUGUUGGAUAAAUACCCGCACCCUUCAGUAUAACACAAGGAAAUCAUCACUUUUAUACUCAUUUUUUUCUUGAAACAAGCCAGAGGGUGGGUACAUGAACAUGUCCAAAUCGUUGAAUAUGUCUUGGAUUUAAUUUACAUCAAUAAUUAAAAAAUACAAACAGUGUGUUACUGUGUGGUAAAUCUGCCAGGGAAAUGCAGUUCUGAAAAACUGGGCUAAUAUGCAAGAAGGAGAUUUGGGAGAGAAGCCACCAAGACACCUAUGACCUAUGUUUGCUGAAAGUAUGAAGAGUACAGUGUUGGUAUUUUGCAUCACCAGUUGCACAACAUCAUAGUGGAGUUGAGCAGAGAAGGAUUAUCUGAAAAAGAAGACUUGAAAGGUCAGCUAUAGUUUGCCAGAAGGCACAUGGGAGUCUUGAGCCUAGAUAAAAUGUGUUUACUUGUCCAUCUCUGUGCUAUGCCACCAUGAUGCUGUGACUGGUGAUGCAAUAAACAGUAUAAACUCUCUCCAGUCACAACCAUUGAAGCCUAUAACUCCUUCAAAGUUGUCAUGGGUGUCUUGGUGGCUUCCAUCACUCGUCUCCUUACAUAGUCAUCCAGUUUUUGGUAACUGCCUACUCUAGGCAGAUUUAUCAUACAGAACCAUAGUGUUUGUAUUUUGAUUGAUUUAAAUGAACUACAAGACAUAUUCAGUGACUUGAAAAUGUUCAUGUAUCCAUCCUCUGACUGUCCAAAGAAAACUGACAGUAAAAGUGAUGAUUUUUAGGGCGCUGUUACUUAUGCAACCCAUUGUGUCGGCUUUGAUAUUUUAAUUUGUAAAAGCCCAAAGAUGUGUCAGACUUUCUAUAUCCAGUCAGUGCUGGGGUAAAUACAUGGUGUACUACGGAGAAGUUGACAAAGUCUCUCUUUGUGUUUUUUUUUUUUUUGAAGGCCUCUUAUUUUUCUCUCAGGACUAAAUUCAGUUUAAUGUCAUGGCACGCUAACAUUUUAGCGGGUUCAGGUUUGUGUAAUAGAUAGAGGGUGAAAACAAGUCCUUUACACAGUAGAAGUUGUUGAAAGAAUUUAGCUUGGAGUAACGUCACGAUCUGUUCUGUGCUUUUAUUCCUGCUUACUUCCAAAGUGCUUAUAAAGUUUGCCUGGACUGGCUCAGCACUGACCACAAACCAGCACAGUGUGUCGACCGCACGCCCUUAUUUGCCAGUGUUGGCUUUUUUGUGGGGCUGACAGGCAGGGAUGAGGUCAUCUCAAACUAGGUUCUUUUCAGUUUCCGAUUGCACAUUUAAGAUUUCCUGAAGAUAAAGUUGGUGCCGAGGAGGGACUUCUGAAUAAAAUGCUGCGGUGGUUUUGGUCACCGUUGGGAGGAGACAAAGAUUUGAUGAGGUUUCACAUGUGUUCUGUAUGGAAGCUGAACACCAAGACAGUCACAGUGUAGAAGCUUUAACCAUUAGACGUGCUUUGUAUGAUGAAAUCAGAAUAAUGUGUUAUAUAUGUGUAAGUGUCAGUUUAUACGGAAGCAUAGUGCUGCCACAGCAAUUAAAAAAUGAUCAGUAUCACAUAAAAACAUGCAAGUUGUCACAAUAAAACAUGAUAAAAUAAAUCAGUAUAAUGUUAAAACAUGCUGUCUCACAUUUUAACAUAUUGAUUUAUUUUUAUUUUUUUAACUGGUGUGAUGGUGGAGUUUGAUCAGUGUCGAUCAGCUUCUUAGAUGUUAAAUAAGUUACAUAUUUAUAUCUACUAAAUGAAAAAAGGUCAAAAAGUAAACAUUUUGAGGAGCUUUUGCUGUACAUGUCAUUGUAAUAAUUUCUUUACUCGUAUGCUGAAUAUGCAUUCUUUUUUUUCUUAUAGAUCUUCUAUAUUUGUAGUUUUUGAGGACAAAAAUAUUGUUUGUGAUCUUCAUAGACAGCACUGAGCUCAGGAAAAGUGUUUACCGAGGCUUUUUUAAAAAUUUCUAUUGACAUUAUAUUUCUAGGAAUAGCUAAAAUCUUAAAAAAAAAAACUUCAUUUUACUUGUUCACUGUGUAAAUAUUCUGUUUCAAAUACAAACAGGAGCUAAUUGAACAUCUUUAAAUAUAUAUAUUGUUGGUUGUUGUUAGACAAAUUUUCGUUGAUAUAUAUGUAGCUAUUGUAGAAAUGGUGUCAUUAUAACUGCAGAGUGUAUACGCGUGCAUGUGCAGCUCCACUUCCUUAUGUUCUUUUUUUUUUUUUUUUGCUGAUGUUUCAUUGCCAGGGGUCAUUUGUCAUUAUUUAUUCUUUCUCACUUCCCUUUCAUCAGUUCAUGUUCCAUCAUGUGCUUUUAAAAUAACAGCAAAACAAACUGAGAUUUUUAGUUCAAAGAUAAAGUCGUGCCUUUGAGUUUGUUCCCAACAUUAUGAAAAAAUAAAACAUCCAUGCAAAAA